AUGACGAUUUCCCUCAAUAAGUUGGUGUUCGUUCUCUUGAUUUCGGCGGUAUAUUCCUUGGAGACCGAUUCCAUAACCCCCGCCUUCAAGAGUUUACCAGAUGAGCUAUGUCCCAAGUGGGCGAGAGAAAUGCACUGCGAGCCGCUUUUUGUGGCUGAUAAGACUCUCCGAUUUCGCGACCGUCGAUUGUCACCCGAUUGCCCCUUGGGCUGCCAGGCCUGUUCCAUGGAUGUUGGAGAUGAAAUCGACGAUGUAAUUCAGGAAUACGUACGACACUGUGUCAACCUUCAAGUGCCUGAAACCGAGGAUGUGUGGAAACCUGGAGACCUCGAUGCAACGUACGAGAGAAUCCUUCGUGAAUUUCCGCAGUACAAACCAACCGUGUUGUCGAGGGAUCCCUGGCUCGUACAACUGGAAGAUUUUAUCAAGCCGCCCGAAGCGAUGGUUAUGAUUAAAGAGACCCAAUUGGAGGUAUUGAGCGGAGCAGCAGAAGCAGGCCUGGAAAAGGCAAAUGAUGCAGGGGGUGUUUGCCACUCAACUCAGGCAUGGUGCAACGAGGGUUGCCUGCGGAGACCUGAAAUGCAGAGUGUCAUCCAGAGAGUCGAAGAUCUCGUCAAUUUACCAUGGAAGUAUGCAGAACCCAUUCAUUUCAUCGAAUACGAACCCGGCCAGAAGUAUGGAAGACACUCCGACCAUAUUCCCGAGGAGAUGGAAACUAUGCAUGGACCCCGUCUUUUUACCUUACUGCUCUACCUAAAUGAUAUUGAAGAGGACCUGGGAGGCGACACUUGCUUCCCCAAUUUGGACGUGUGCAUCCAGCCCAAGCUAGGACGAGCCGUUAUUUGGCCAAAUGUGCUGAAUGACAAGCCAUGGGCUGCUGAAAACCGUACCUGGCACGAAGCUAACGAGAUUUACAAAGGGUUCAAGUACGCCAGUACGUUCUGGUUGCAUCUCCGUGACUAUGAGCAUGCAGAACGACUGAAUUGCAUCUAUACAAUGGAAGACGAUAUUCGUGAGGAGCUGGAAGAGAUGGAAGCAGAAAAGUACGGAGACUACGACGACGACGAGGAAGAUGAGGAGGAGGAAGAGGAGUACGGGGACGACGAAUACUACGAUGAUGACGGCUACGAGUAG